GGGCGAACUGAUCGCCUCCGAACGCGAAGGCUCGCGCUGAUUGGCUCUGUUAGGAGACAAGACCCGCCCCUCGAUACGCGCUGCUUCGUUGAAAUGACACCGUGGGAAAGCCUUGCUAUUCAAACGGACGAAAACCGCAGCAGACUCUCACCUGACACAGUACGGACGAGUCACACAUCCAGAGCUCCAAAAUGAAGAGAAAUCACGACUUCAGCUCCUCGGACAGUGAGCUCGAUGAGAAUAUUGAGGUGGAGAAGGAGAGCGCCGACGAGAACCUAGGCAUGGGCUCUCCUCUCGGAUCGAUUUCUCCUUCUACAACAUCUCAAGUACAAGCAAGAAAACGUCGCCGAGGGAUCAUUGAGAAGCGGCGCAGAGAUCGCAUUAAUAACAGUCUGUCUGAACUUCGCCGACUUGUUCCCAGCGCUUUUGAGAAACAGGGCUCAGCUAAACUGGAAAAAGCAGAGAUUUUGCAGAUGACUGUGGAUCAUUUGAAGAUGCUUCAUGCAGCUGGUGGCAAAGGUUACUUUGACGCCCACGCUUUGGCAAUGGAUUAUCGCGGAUUGGGCUUCCGUGAGUGUCUGGCAGAGACAGCCCGAUACCUGAGCAUCAUCGAGGGUCUGGACAACACCGAUCCUCUCCGCAUUCGCUUGGUGUCCCACUUGAGCAACUACGCCACUCAGAGAGAGGCUCAGACCGGUCUGGGUCAUCUAGCCUGGGGCUCAGCGUUCAGCACCCCUCACCUGGCACAUCACCUCCUCUUACCACAGCAUCAGCAGGGGGCAUCAUUAUCACGCAGCUCUAGCAGUCUUCCAUCCUCAUCCUCAUCGUCGCCCUCCUCUUCACCAUCAGCACCCUCCUCAGAGCCUCAUGGCUGCAGCAGGCUGACUGUCACAGCGAUCAGCGAGGCAGGAAAGAGCGGUCCGCUCAGGGUACCCCCUGCAACAGGCGCCAUUCCUCCAGGGCUCACGGCAGCAUCAGCAUCGAAGCUUUCUCCACCACUUCUCACAUCCCUGUCCAGCCUCUCAGCUUUCCCCUUCCCUCUGAGUGCUUUUCCUCUGCUCUCACCCAGCUCACUCGGUCAAAGCACCCCCUCCGGCAACCUGGGGAAGCCCUAUCGGCCAUGGAGCAUGGAGAUCGGUGCUUUCUGAACUUUUAAUCUAGAGCUCCUGGAGAAAUGACUUUUUUUAAAACAGAAAAGACUUUGAAGAACAAUGAGUUUGCCGGUCAGGACUCAACAAAGUGGAAACAAAACCCAGGACUUAGCUAUGUGUGGGGUUUUUGUUUGUUUGUAUUGUUUUAUUUCAUUUUUUUUUUACAGACAUACAUUUCCUUCAAAUUUGAGCUAACCCAGGAUAGGUUCUGCUGAUAGCCAAGAUAAUGUCUUAAAAUCUAUGUCAAUAACUCUUCUUUUUUUCUUUUCUUUUCUUUUCCUUUCCUUUCCUUUCAUUCUUUAGUUUUUAAACAGGGUGCUGUACUGGUACAAUGCCCUGCCUGGAUACUGAGGGAAGGCUAGGUGUUUUAAUGAAAUAAGUGUCUUGAGGCUGAGGUACUGUUACAUUUAACUAGCUGGGACUGAGUAUAAAAAAAGAGUACCGAGUUUUUAUUAUAACAAAACAUAAUAAGUAAUAGCAGUGUGUAGAUCCAAAUGAAAGCCAGAAUAUUAUCCACCCCUAGUUUCAAUUAACACCCCUAAAACUUAAUACCUGAGUCAAAAAAAAAUGAUUAUUGUGAUCCCUCUCACAUAUUGCCAAGAUACCAUUUUUUGUUUUAUGUUUGUAUUUGUAGGCAUGACAAAGUUUAAGAGCUAUGCAAUUGAUCAGUGAUAUGAUAUGAUUAUAAGAUCUCCAUGGAUUUAGAUCUGGAUCUUUCUUUUA